UAUUCGUAAUUUUCCUUCAGAAAUAUCCCUAUUUCAGCAUAAGGCUGACAUUUAGGUAGAAAAGCAUGGAGUUGUGGACCCUGUUGCUGGGAGCGUUGCUGCUCCUCGCCCUCUAUACCUGGAUGAACCACCCCAGUAGAGACGGCCUUCCCCCGGGCCCGACCGGCUGGCCUCUUGUCGGCAGCGUGCAUCUCAUCAUCAACAAGCAUCCUUACAAAGUUUUCCACGAGCUGUCGAAGAAGUACGGAAAGAUCUUCAGCAUCCAGAUGGGCUCAUACCGGAUCGUGGUGCUGAACGACUUGGACUCCAUAACGCAAGCGUAUGCGCGGCAGGGCGAUAUGUUCAGCCACCGACCGAAGGGGCCUCUCGUGUCAAAAGUCCUCCAGAACAAAGGCGUCGUGGGAAGCGAGGGCGAGCUGUGGAAGGAGCACCGGCGGUUCCUCCUCCAGAAGAUGAGGGACCAGGGGAUGGGGAAGAAGACGUUCGAGGAGAAGAUCCAGAUGGAGGCGGAGGAGCUCCUGGAAACCUUCAAGUCGAUGGCCGGGAAGCCUUUCGAUCCCCACAAGGAGCUGGGUCGAGCCAUCUGCAACAUCGUCUGGAGCGUGACGUGCGGAGAUCGCUUCCAACAAGGGGAUCAGAAGCUCGACUGGCUCGCGAGCGCUCUCGAGGCCAACAUGGAGUUCAUAAAUCUCACUGGAGCACUCAACUACUUCCCCAUUCUCCAGUUCGGCUUCCUCCUUAAAAAGAAUCCUGAGCUAUGGGAUAAUGAGAAAAGUGGUGGAAUCCUGAGCCCCACUCGAGGCAGAGCUGAAUUCGGGUCCUGGCAAGAAGGGGAAGAAGACUGGGUCAUAGGAUUGAUGUGGAUGCCCCUCUUGAGCCACAUGAGACAAGCCUGGCAGAGAGUCCUCGCCCUCCGAAAAUUCUUCCAGGAAACGCUGCAGUCGCACAAGGUGAAGGUAGAAGAGGCAGACAAAGACGAGGACAUCAUCUAUUCCUAUCUCCAGCAACAGGCCAAGCACGAGAAGGAAGGCAUUCCUACCACAUUCACAGACGACCAGAUCUGGUCGGUGAUCGGGGAUCUGUUCGCGGCGGGGAUGGAGACGACGACGACGGGGAUGCGGUGGUGCAUGCUCCUUCUGGCCAUCAAUCCUCACAUCCAGGAUGAGAUCUUCGAGGAGAUCCAGGCUGUCUGCUCGGGUGGGCACCUCAGAGACGAGUUCCUUCAAGUGAAAUUCGGCUCCGACAGUUACGGGGACCGAACGAAGAUGCCCUACACUGAGGCGACGAUCGCCGAGCUCCUCCGCUGGGUCUGCAUCGUGCCGGUCCUGAUGCACGGUACGCCCGAGGCGACGACGCUCAAGGGAUACCGCAUCCCGAAGGAGACGAUGGUCGUGGGGAACAUCUGGGCGAUCCACCGCGACGAGGCCGUGUUCGCGGAGCCGGAUCGGUUCGACCCCUCCCGAUUCCUGGAUCCGCAGCGGAAACUCGUCAACACGGACAAAGUCAUCGGAUUCGGCGUCGGUAGGAGAAGCUGCCUCGGAGAGGGUCUGGCCCGAAUGGAACUGUUCCUCUUCAUCACGAACAUCGUGAAGCACUUCCGCAUCGAAUAUCCAGCGGGGAGGCCGAGCCCCAACCUGAUCGGGAAGCACGCGCUCACUUAUCUGCCGCAGGAAUACGAGAUCAUGCCUGCGAGAUUAUGGCAUGUUGGCCAGAAAGCAGGACUGAUAUCAUCCAAGUUCUCAGGUCAUGAGGCUGGGCUCUUGGCUGGAUUGGGUUUAGGUCAUGGUUUGCGAAGGCAAAAGAGAUCUGCGAUUAAGCCCAUCAGAAGGCAUCUUCAUUCCAUCCUUGCCAGCAUUCCUGCCUACCAUGUCCCUCUCAUCAGGGACCGAUAUCCUGAGGUGAGAAGGAAGGAAUUUGCAAGGCUGACAGAUGAUGACAUCCAGAAAUUUCAUUCCAUUUUACGGAAUGACACUGAAAGAGUGAUCACAGAUGAGAGUACCCUAGAAACAUACAGUUGUGAUUGGCUCAAAGCUCUUCGAGGGGAAAGUCCACUGCUCCUCUUCCCAGAAACAUCAGAGGAGCUGUCUAAUAUCUUGAAGCAUUGCUAUCACCGCAACCUUGCUGUGGUACCUCAGGGUGGGAACACAAGCAUGGUUGGUGGCUCCAUCCCCAUCUUUGAUGAGAUCAUUGUCAACACAAAACGCAUGAAAGAUAUUCUCCUUGUGGAUGAUACAGCUGGAGUGGUGAUGUGCGAGGCUGGCUGCUCCCUGCAGGAGCUGGAUUAUGCCUGCAGCCGGAGAGGUCUGUAUUUCCCCAUGGAUUAUCACCUGAGGGAAGCUUUGAUCGGAGGAGUUCUUGCAGCCGACAUGGGAGGCCCCCGUACUGUCCGCUAUGGCACGCUUCAUGGCAAUGUCCUUGGUCUAGAAGUGGAACAAUCUGCAAAGAGACCAAAAGAUUCAUCAUUAGAGGUAGAUUAG